AAACUGGUCCGAUCUGUCAGCCGCAUUCCCGUAGAUCGGUUGUUGACCUGCCCGACCAUCCGUCCAUCAUCAUCCAGCCAUCUCUGUAGUCUGUACUCCGCAGUCUGCACAAUGAAUUGACUUCCGAUGCUCGGUAGCCUUUAUAGGCAAGUACCAAAAAAGAUGGCUAAUUCCGCAUUCCCAAUUGAAUACCGUUGACCGUUGACGGAUAAAUCGGCAUUGACCUACCAGGAUCCAUCCAUCUCUCCCCUCAAUCUCGAUCAACUCCCAUCAACAAAUACAACACGACUCGCCCUCUCAAUUCAAUUGGCAAAACCUCACAAGAUUAUAGAGAGUCAAACAUUCAUGCUAUGAAGCCUUUCAAACGGCAUUGGCCGACAUCUGCAACAUCUUUCUCGCUACAGGUCCCUUUGUUGCCGAUCAACACCCAGCAAUGGGCCAACUCGCCUCCUCAUUGGCUGCGACAAAAGGUCCUGGUAAUAAUCUGGCAUACAAUGCACGUGGGGUUCUUUGACGAUACAGAUCGCUGCUUAUCAGCGUUACCACCUUGUCUGCUCCGUACACAACUGCUUCAUCUGUCGACUUUGUCCGACACUAGAGAGGAUAAACAUUUCACUUGCCUCCCACGUGUAUUUCGUAGUGGAUUAUAAGUAUCGCUUGUAUUUCUCGUAAACACUAUUCGCUUUUUGUCGAUCAAUCUUAAUUAUAAGCUUCAAAAUGACGUUCAUCAAGGCUCUCAUUCCUCUUGCGCUUUACCUUGCUGGAGCGCAGGCUAAGUCUUGCUCUGCUGGCGGUAAGCCCACCGCUGAGUUUUGCUCAAAGGAUCUUCCACUGUCUUGCCACAACACUACUGCUGUUGAAGACACUUGCUGCUUCAUUCCCGCCGGCCAGCUUCUUCAAACUCAAUUCUGGGACAGCGACCCUGUCGCUGGACCUAAAGACUCAUGGACUAUUCACGGUCUCUGGCCUGACUACUGCGACGGCACAUAUCCCCAGUUCUGCGACAAGUCCCGCGAGUACACCAACAUCAAGGACCUCGUAACUAAGUUCCUCGGCAAAAAGACCGUGUCAUACAUGGACAAGUACUGGGUCAGCCAAGACGGCAAUGACGAAUCUCUCUGGGAGCACGAGUUCAGCAAGCACGGCACAUGCAUCAGCACCCUCGAGCCAAGCUGCUACACCAACUACGAGACCGGCGCUGAAGCCGCUGAUUAUGUCAAGAAGACCAUCUCACUUUUCAAGACUCUUCCUACGUACAAGUGGCUUGCUGAGGCUGGAAUCAAGCCUUCCAAGACAAAGACUUAUACUGCUGAUGAGAUUGUGGAUGCUUUGGCGGAACACCAUGGUGCACGUGUCACCAUCGGUUGCUCUAAUGGCUCCUUGAGCGAGGUUUGGUACCAUUUCAACGUCAAGGGCUCGCUGCAGGAUGGCCAGUUUGUGUCUACUGAGCCUGAUGGAAGCAAGAGCUCUUGCCCGGACACCGGUAUCAAGUAUGCCCCUAAGAAGUAAGCGACAAGCAUCUCUUUGGGCCCUGUAAAAUGAGUAUGAAUAUGUAUUCUGAAUAGGCCAUGAUGACUAUGAAAACAAAUCUAUAUUAUUAUUAGGG